UAAGUGCGGCCGAGGCCGGGCCACCGGGUGUCCCCCCCGCCCGAUGCCAUGGACAAGGAUCGCGCCUCCGCCCGCCUGCGCGUCUUGCUGCGACACCUCGGCGGCCGCUCGGCCGGGGCCAUCAUAGCACACCACACUUCAGGGACUGUUUCUCCUGCCAGUUUCCAUCCUCAACAAUUCCAGUAUACUCGGGAUAAUAAUGUUCUAAGCCUAGAACAGAGAAAAUUUUAUGAAGAAAAUGGAUUUCUUGUCAUUAAAAAUUUGGUGUCUGAUGCUGAUAUUCAAUAUUUUAGGGAUGAGUUUGAAAGAAUCUGCAGAAUGGAGGUGAAACCACCGGGAUUGAUGGUGAUGAGAGAUGUGACCAUUUCAAAAUCUGAGUAUGUGCCGAGUGAGAAAGCGAUUACCAAGGUCCAAGACUUCCAGGAAGAUAAGGAACUCUUCAGAUACUGCACCCUCCCUGAGAUUCUGAAAUAUGUGGAGUGCUUCACUGGACCCAAUAUUAUGGCCAUGCAUACCAUGCUGAUAAACAAACCUCCAGAUUCUGGCAAGAAGACAUCCCGUCACCCCCUGCACCAGGACCUGCACUACUUCCCCUUCAGGCCCAGCGAUAGCAUCGUCUGUGCCUGGACAGCCAUGGAGCACAUUGACCGGAACAACGGCUGUCUGGUUGUGCUUCCAGGGACACACAAAGGCCCCUUGAAAACACACGGUUAUCCCCAGUGGGAGGGAGGGGUUAACAUCAUGUUCCACGGGAUCGAGGACUAUGACAAAAAUAAUGACCGGGUGCACGUCGUGAUGGAGAAAGGAGACACCGUUUUCUUUCAUCCUUUGCUCAUCCAUGGAUCCGGUCGCAACAAAAGUCAAGGGUUCCGGAAGGCCAUUUCCUGCCAUUUUGCGGAUGCCAACUGCCACUACAUCGAUGUGAAGGGUACCAGUCAAGAAAACAUUGGAGAGGAAGUUUUAGAGGUAGCCAGUAAAAUCCAUGGAGUGAAAGACGUCAGCCUGAAGGAUGUUUGGCGAUUUCGAGCACGCGUCGUGAAAGGAGAAAGAAUCAACCUUUGAAACAGCCCUUUGCUCGAACUCUUUUCAAGAAAACCAGGAUGGAACAAGGUCUCGGAGGGAAACCUUUUCUCAAUGAGAUGAUGUAAUCUUUUCUAUCCACUUGUUAACAAAAUCAAAGUGCACAGAUCCAGUACUUAAUUGCAUACGGGUAAUUCUGCAGCACGGUGGUGUGGCUUUAAUGGACAUAAAAUCAGUAAAAGUGAAAUAUUACUGUUUUAAGGAAAACCUGAGGUUGCAACUAAUAAAGGUGAUGCAUAAUUGAAGUCUGUUUGAUCAGUUUCUUUCAUUCAGUUAGCUCUUUACCCAAGCAGGGAUUAAUGUUCUGAAACGCAAAGCCCACCACCUCCCAAUUUUGUGUUGUGAGAGAUUUCUUUUCACAUCUGGAACAAUGAAUAUUAGAGGUACAGUUAGUGGAGGGCCUAAGAAGGGCAUCAGGGAGUAAAAAUGUGGGUGGAGACUCACGUUCUGACACAGGAUUUCCUUCCAUGGCCUCUCCAGCCCAACCAACCUCCUUAAAGACUGGAUCUUUCCAAGUCUUUUUCUCUAAAGAGAGAAGACCAGGGUCACUUUCCCUGCCAAUUCAUAAUGGGCAGGGCAGCAUUUACGAAUGAAAUCUAACCUCUUUCAAGGUCUUAGAAAAUGGUUAGAUACUUUUUUUUUUUAACAUCUUUAUUGAUGUAUAAUUGCUUUACAAAAAAAAUGGUGUGUUCGUUUCUGCUUUAUAACAAUAGCCAGGACAUGGAAGCAACCUAAGUGUCCAUCAUCAGAUGAAUGGAUAAAGAAGAUGU